AUGGAUUCUGAAGAUCACUUCGCAUCUAAUCUACUGCACUUCGUUACCAUAGCAAUCCUAUCUCUGUUUGUCCUCGAGAUUGUCCUGAAGAUAUACGCUCUAGGAAUCGAGUAUUUUUGGUUUGAAAAAUGGGAGAUGCUAGAUGCUUUUGUCAUAGUCGUUGCUUUUACGAUCGAAAUUACUUUAAGCGCAAUUCAUGCGAAUGAGUGGAAGGGACUGGAACUUAUCAUCGUUUUGAGGCUGUGGCGAGUCAUAAGACUGGUGACGGUGAUGGUUACCUUCAAAGAAGAGUUUUACGAACUGAUUGAGGAUGAAAUAGAUGCUAAAAGAAAAGUAGACGAAGCAGAAACCGAGACAGAAUCCCUGCAGAAGAAAGACUAG